CUCCCUGGCAGGCCACCUUAGGUAGCUGCUCCGAGGCGGCCGCCAUUGGCACUAGCGCCCACCGAGCGUGUGGAGGUGUGGCGGGGCCUGAACAGUGGGACAGUCGCUGAGUGUCGCAGGGGGCGACCGAGGAGCGGACGGAGGCAUCGUGGGCGUGGGAGGCCGACUGUCCGCACACCGAAGUCCCGGGACAGGCGCUUUGCGGCGACUUCGGCGUGAGCGCCUGCGUGGCACCUCGCAGACCCUCCCGGAGCGCCCGCACCCGAGCACGAGGCGCUCCAGUGCGCGUGCGCGGCCGGGGUCUUCCCGCACCUGCUCGCGAGACCCCAACGGCCCCCAGCUCGAAGCGUCGCCUGGGCGGCCGGCUGGAGCCGGUCAUGGCGCAGCUGUGUGGGCCCGGGCGCUGCUGGGCGCUCCUCGCGCUGCUGGCCUCGCUGCUCGUCUUCUGGGCUAACGCGGCCCACGGAGAGCGUGGCGUCCACGAGUUUUGCCGAGUUUCAAAGAUCGUGGGGACAUGCCGGGCCUCCAUCCCUAGGUGGUGGUACAACGUCACUGACAGAUCCUGCCAGCAGUUUGUGUAUGGAGGCUGUGAAGGGAAUGACAAUAAUUACCUGACCAAGGAGGACUGUCUUGGGAGAUGUGCUGGUGUCACAGAGAACACCGCUGAUGAUCUGGCCACCAGCAGGACUGGAGCAGAUUCCUCUGGCCCAAGUGUUCCCAGAAGGCAGGAUUCUGAUGACCUCUCCAGCGAUAUUUUCGACUACGAAGAACACUGCACUGCCAAGGCGGUCACAGGGCCUUGCCGUGCAGCCUUCCAACGCUGGUACUUCAAUGCCGAGAAGAACUCCUGUGAUAAGUUCAUCUACGGAGGGUGCCGGGGCAAUAAAAACAGCUACCUCUCCAAGGAGGAAUGCAUGCGCCAAUGCUUUGGCAAGCAGUUGUAUCCUGCUCUGCUCCAGAGCACUAAAGUGGUGCUGGCGGGGCUGUUCCUGAUGGUCCUGAUCCUCCUGCUGGGAGCCUCGGUCGUCUGCCUGAUCAGGGUGGCGGGAAGGAACCAGGAGCGGGCCCUCCGCACCGUCUGGACCUCUGAGGACGACAAGGAGCACCUGGUGAAGAACACAUACGUCCUGUGAACGCCCCGUCGCCCAGAGGC